AGAACGCGCAGGAGGAGGAGCGGAGACCAGUGGGAGAUGUGACCGGGGGACCCGGCGUGUGUCCUCCGCCCUGAGGCAGGCGGCAUCCCUCCGCUGUUCGGGAGGAGAUAGCAGCAGCGAGCAUGGCGGACAAGGGCAGGCUGAGCUUCCCGGGGGCACUGAACAGGCCAGUGCCUAUGAACCUAUUCGCUACCUGGGAAAUAGACGGUUCCAGCCCGAGCUGCAUCCCCAGGCUCUGCAGUCUGACUCUGAAGAAGAUUCUGGUGGUAAAGGAGCUGGAUAAGGAGCAUAUUUCAGUUGUCAUAGCAGUGAAAAUGCAGGGAUCCAAGCGCAUCCUGCGUUCUCAUGAGAUUGUUCUGCCCCCUGGUGGACAUGUGGAGACAGACCUGGCGCUGACCUUUUCCUUGCAGUAUCCUCACUUUCUGAAAAGGGAAGGAAAUAAACUACAGAUCAUGCUUCAGAGGCGGAAAAGAUACAAAAACCGAACAAUCCUUGGUUACAAGACUCUAGCUGUCGGCAGCAUUAACAUGGCUGAGGUCAUGCAGCAUCCUACUGAAGGAAGCCAAGUUUUGAGCCUGUUCAGUAACAUGAAGGAAGCUUCUGCCAAAGUUGCUGAGAUCUGGAUCUUUUCACUCUCCAGCCAACCCAUUGACCAUGAAGACGGCUCCAUGCACACCAGCCAAAAGAUAAAAUCCACAGAUAAUUAUUCUGAGGAAGAGUAUGAAAGUUUCUCCUCAGAGCAAGAAGCCAGUGAUGAUGCUGUACAAGGACAGGAUUUAGAUGACGAUGAAUUCGAUGUUGGGAAACCAAAGAAGCAGCGAAGAACGAUAGUAAGAACGACGUCAAUAACCAGGCAACAGAACUUCAAGCAGAAGGUGGUGGCCUUGUUACGGAGGUUUAAAGUUUCUGACGAGGUGCUCGACUCUGAGCAGGACCCAGGUGAACAUGUGCCGGAGGUUGAAGAGGACCUGGACUUACUGUACGACACUCUUGACAUUGAGAACCCCAGUGAUAGUGGCCCAGAGAUGGAAGACGACGACAGUGUCCUUAGCACACCCAAGCCAAAGCUAAAACCUUACUUUGAGGGCCUGUCACACUCCAGUUCUCAGACAGAGAUUGGAAGCUUACACAGUGCAAGAAGCCAGAGGGAAUUACCAAGCCCGGUGGAGGUGCCUGAGAGACGGACAUCGGGACCCAAGCCUCCGUCUGACUGUGUCUCGGAUACAGUGUCUCUGGAGGCCUCUCAGCAAGAAGCCCAGGAUGCAGAGCUGUCCACCAUGGACGUCUUCAUUGAGAGGUUACCACCAAGCGGCAAGAUCACCAAGACUGAAUCCUUGAUAAUCCCUUCAACCAGGUUGGAAGGGAAACAGGCCGGACGCCGGGGAAGAAGUACAUCUCUAAAGGAAAGGCAACCAGCGAGGCCUCAGAACGAGAGAGCCAACAGUCUCGAUAAUGAGCGCUCCCCUGAAACAAGGAACCAUCUGCAGAUUCCCAGGAAAACCGUCUACGACCAGUUAAACCACAUCCUGAUUUCAGAUGACCACCUCCCUGAGAAUAUCAUUCUGGUGAACACUUCUGAUUGGCAGGGCCAGCUCCUUUCAGACAUGUUAGAAAAGCAAGACCUUCCCUUAGUGUGCACGUGUUCCUCCGCUGACAUCCAUGCUGCCUUCAAUACCAUAGUGUCCCGGAUACAGCGCUAUUGCAACUGCAAUUCCCAGCCUCCAAACCCUGUGAAAGUGGCGGUGGCUGGAGCUCAGAAUUAUCUCAGUGCCGUGCUGAGACUGUUUGUAGAGCAGCUGUCACACAAGACUCCCGACUGGCUCGGCUACCUGAGGUUUCUCAUCAUCCCUCUAGGAUCUCACCCGGUCGCAAAGUAUCUGGGAUCUGUAGAUUACAAAUACAACAACCUCUUUCAGGAUCCGGCAUGGAGGGAUCUCUUCUCUAAACUGGACGCACAAACAACGGUGGAAGACCCUCCUGACGUGGUGUCCCGUGUGACUCAGUAUAUCUCCGGAGCAAACUGUGCGCACCAGCUGCCCAUUGCAGAGGCCAUGCUCACUUAUAAGCAAAAAAGCCCCGAUGAAGACACCUCACAGAAGUUCAUACCUUUUGUUGGGGUGGUGAAAGUUGGCAUCGUUGAGCAGUCCUCAGCGACCUCAGGGGAUUCAGAUGAUGCUGCUCCAUCAGGCUCCACUGUACUUUCAUCCACUCCACCCUCCGUGUCUCCUGCUCUGAAAGAAGCGUCUCCCACUCCCCCUUCAUCUCCAUCUGUUACGUCUGGCUUCUCCUCUUCGCCCAGCCAAAGCCCAGGAGGGGAACUCAUGGGGCUCCAACUGGAUUACUGGAUUGCAGCACCUUUCGCCGAAAAGAAGAAAGACUUGGAGAAAAAGGACUCCAUCUCCACCAAGAACACUUUGAAAUGCACUUUUCGCUCGCUGCAGGUCAGCCGGCUUCCCAGCAACACUGACGUCCCCACUGCUCCCAUUAUGUCCAUGACCGUUGUCAUGAAGGAAAAAAACAAAAAAGUCAUGUUUUUGCCGAAGAAGACAAAGGAUAAAGAAGUGGAAUCUAAGAGCCAAUGUUUCGAAGGCAUCAGUAGACUCAUUUGCACUGCAAAACACCAACAGAACAUGCUCAGAGUGCUGAUCGAUGGAGUGGAAUGGAACGAUGUCAAAUUUUUCCAGUUGGCGGCACAGUGGUCCUCUCAUGUCAAGCACUUUCCCAUCUGUAUAUUCGGACACUCUAAAGCCAACUUCUAGCCUUUUUACCGGGACGGAUCCCUCCGACCCAACACUCCCCCCCCGCAGGCUGGAUGUAUGGAUAACAUACACUAACGAGUGCCAACUACUCCAAAUUAAAACCAUCCAGCUACGACUUCCUUUCACCUUUUUUUUUUUUUUACUAUUGUUUUUAUUAUUGUGCAGAUUAUUUAAAGCUAUGCUUGAAGUUACCUUUUUAUAUUAAUUUUUAAUUUUACUACCAAGGGAGGAUAAAAGUUUAAAAAAAGGAAAAAAAAAAACCAAAACAAUAAAAAUGAAAACAAUAAGUCUUAAGUACAACUGUUAACAAACGACAGUAAGUUUGGUACUCUAAUGAUUGGGUGAAUAACUGCACUGCUUAAUAAUGUGUUACAUGUUGUGGGGUGAAUACCCAUUUGGAUUGGUGUUUUGCUCUAUUGGACGGGCCUGAUGGAGGCAGAGAGAACUAACUGCCACUUACAGUGAAUGGUGUUUGCACUUUGCUCGGACUUUCUUGCCAUCGCCGUUAUUCUUGGUUUGUCUGUUACGUUGAUUGUCAAGGGAUGUAGCCUCAUUUCAUAGAACACUAGCGGCUUCCUAUAGAACUACUAGUGGCUUGGUAAGUUUCUUUGGCUUUGUAGAUAGGUUUCUGCCCUACUCACUGAUCAUAAAAUGACCGGCAAAUCCAUAAAAGCUGUUUAUAUUACUCCCCUCUGUUUAUAGGGGACUUUUAGGGGAGGAGCUUCAUGCUCGUUACAGUAAAAGGGAACUUGUCUGUGUAAAUGGAUACUAUCAUUAUUAAUGGCUACCCCUGGAAUUAAAGACUACUUUUACUAGGACUGUUGUAAUCUGGCAGUUUUAGAAGGUGUCAUGGUCAGUUUGGGGGCUUGAAGUUUACAGCCUCCUUCCUGCAUCUUCUUCCUGAUUUGCUGCUGCCUCCAGUGAGAUAAUUUAAAUCUAUCCCUGCAGUUGGUCUGCAGAACCCAGCCAUAGGUCUACAGAACUCCAGUGGUGUGGUGGACCAACUUAGGGAAGAUGCAGUACUUGGUUAUCCGCUCCGGGGUGGAUGUUCUGUGCAGGAGCUUUUUUAUCACAUUGGCAGAGAUUUUGGCCAGUUCUUUCACAGAGUGAUGCAAAAUUGACAAUGACCCCACCCCCUAUAUUUUGCCUGGUUGUAAAGUGUCACGCUUUGCAUAAUUUCUUGCCCUGGUGGUUAUAUCUUAAUAUGCAGUUUUGUUUGCAUCCUAUGGUACAGACAGGGUAAAACUCAUGGUCUAGAAACAGGGUAAGGCUCCAUCUGUGUUGACGUUUACCAAAUCAAAUAAAGCCUCCAGCUUGGCUUGUUGAUGCCUUGGCCGAGGUGACUCGUCUCUGUACUUUGCGAGAUGUAUCUAAAUACAUAGCUCUAUUGUGCUUAAACUUGGUUUUCCUGACAGUCCAAUGACUAGCACCAGCACAUACUUGGGUCACAGAGUGAUCCUGAAGUUUUUCCACUGGCACAAUGGGGCACGGCCAUGUUUGAAGAGCAAAACAGGAACUCUAUAGUUUACAGGCUGUAAAUCAAACUGUCAUCUGUAGUUUCCCUACGCAAAACUUGCUUUGGUUUCUUGCAUCACUUGACCUAACUCUAAAUAUAGCACAAUAUUCAGCUAGCGAUACUCUGCCCUAGAGUGCAAUGCCGAUGCUUCAGCGUUUAUUGGGAAUAUGGAAGGUUCACGGUUUCAACAUUGGAUGGUACAUUGGAUGGUACUUUGGUGCGUUGCAGUGCAAUGUUUGGAGUAACCUUCAACGGCUCAAGGCAUGUUUAAGGCUUCGCCAGCAGUUCUGUAUCCACAGUUUCAAUAGACAGAUUGGCCAGCAGGGCAGGAACGAGUGACCUAUUAGCUGUGAUGUGGCUGCAGUGCAAGCCUAUCUGACUGUGAAGGGGUUAAAUACUUUGUUGUUCUGAUUUUCCUUUCAUAAAUGCGACACUUUCAUUAAAAAACUACAAA